GUCUCGUUUCGCAUUUGUUUCGAAUCCGAGCGGGCACGUACACGUCCGUCAUACGUACGACUCGAAUUUGACUUCGUGGACCAUAUACUCCUCCAACGAACUAGAUUUGCGUAACAGUUUGCAAGUGCAGCUGCAUCAGCAGUAGCACAAGAGUGUUGUGUUUGCUACCAGUGUAACUAACAAACCUCGUGUUGAAGUGUGAUAAGAACAAAUUCUCAACAAUCCAGUAACCAGUUACAAUGGGCAAGGACUACUAUAAAAUCCUAGGCAUAGCCAAAGGCGCAAGCGAUGAAGAAAUCAAGAAAGCUUACAGGAAGCUAGCAUUGAAGUACCAUCCUGAUAAGAAUAAAGAUCCCAGCGCCGAAGAACGUUUCAAAGAAGUAGCAGAAGCUUAUGAAGUGUUAUCUGAUAAGAAGAAGCGUGACAUCUACGAUGCCCACGGUGAAGAAGGUCUCAAGAGCGGAGGAACACGCGGCAGCGGUAUGGGCACCAAUGACUUCACCUACACAUUCCACGGUGAUCCACGCGCGACCUUCGCUCAAUUCUUCGGCGACUCCAGUCCCUUCAACAGCUUCAACCGCAUGUUCGGCGGGUUCGGAGACGAUGAAGAAAUGGACACGGAUCCAUUCUGGUUGAAUCUAGGCGGGAUGGGAAGCAUGCCACGACCGGGAGGCGGCGCAUUCCGUUCACACUCCUUCAACAUCCACAACAGCCCCAACAGAAGCAAGGACAAGAUGCAGGACUCACCAAUCGAGCAUGAUUUGUAUGUUUCCCUGGAGGAUGUGACCAAAGGAUGCACGAAAAAGAUGAAAAUCAGUCGGAAAGUUCUGCAGGCAGAUGGCACACUCAAAAAGGAAGAUAAAGUGCUGACGAUCAACGUGAAACCCGGCUGGAAAGCGGGCACCAAAGUCACAUUCCAGCGGGAAGGUGAUCAGGGCCGAAAUAAGAUACCCGCGGACAUUGUAUUCAUCAUCCGGGACAAACCGCACGCGCUGUUUAAGCGCGAAGGCAGCGAUAUUAGAUACACGGCCAAAGUGUCUUUAAAACAGGCGUUGUGCGGCUGCACGGUGGAAGUACCAACGAUGACAUCGAAGUCCAUCCCGUUGCACUUUACCAACGAGGUGAUCAAGCCGAAUACAGUUCGACGCAUCCAAGGUUACGGUUUACCACUGCCGAAGGAACCAUCACGCAAGGGCGAUCUCAUCAUCAACUUCGAGAUCAAGUUCCCCGACCAUCUGUCGCAAUCGGCGAAGGAUAUCCUCUACGACACGCUGCCGAAUUGAAUCCGGGCGUGUGGUGGUGUGGUGUGCAAAUUGAUCGCGCAACUCUCCUCCGAGUUCGACGCCGCAUAAAAAUAAUUUACACGUGUAUGUACGUUCUAGUACAAACUUGAGUGCAGCGUGGCGAGAGGAGUCGUUGGUGCUUCAUAACUUAAUUAAUUCGAACGGCGUCGAUAACACUAUGAUUAAAGACUGCGAUUAAUUCAGACAAACGCGCUUAGGGAAUUGGCGGAGACGCAAAAAUCAAUAACUUGUUGACAAACUGAAUUCAUAUAUAUAUAUUUAUUUACUUAUUGUUUUAAUGUAUAUAUACUUUAAUAAGAUACUUUGUGAUGUGAUAGAAGCGGGCGACUUAGAUAGCGUAUUUUCAUGUACAUACAUUCAUGAUUCGAGGUUAACACAACUGGAAAAACCAAUACAUAUUGUUGCUGGAAACAACCGCACAUGAUGACAAUUUGUAAUUGUGUAUGUUAAUAAACGAUUUAUUUUCAAA